AUGGAAGCUGAGCUUGAUACUAAAGAAUUUGUUGUUAUUGAUAACGGCUCUGGGUUCAUCAAAGCAGGUUUUUCAGGUGAAGACUCUCCAAAAGUAGUCAUCCCUUCAGUUCUUGGCAAAUACGACCCAACAGAGCCAGGACGACCCGCAAUCACAAAAUUUGGCAAUGAAAUUGACCUCAAAGACCCUCAUUGUGCGCUCUAUUUUCCAAUUGAGCGCAGCAUCAUAAAAGACACAGAUCAAGACUGGGAAAAUAUGCGUGAUAUCUGGGAGCAUCUUAUAAAAGACCAACUGCAAUUAGAUCCAAGCACUAUAAAUGUUCUCAUAACUGACCCAGUCCUAAAUUCCCGUGAAAACAAACAGAGGAUUUCCCAAAUCUUUUUUGAGUCAAUCGGUGUCAGCUCUCUUGGGAUUAUGUCAUCGCCUGUUCUGUCUCUAUUUUCUACAGGAAAAACCCGUGGGAUUGUGGUUGACAUUGGAGAUGGCUCUACAAGUAUCGUCCCUAUUUUUGAAGGCUUUGCAUUACCACAUGCAACGAAAAGGAUUCCACUGUCAGGGAUUGAUAUUACUAAUUACUUGUUACAGAAUUUGUCAAUGCAUUUGAAGCCUGAACAAUUUACAGUUGCAAGAGGAAUUAAAGAAGAAAUGUUAGUGGUACCACAGGAUUAUGAAAAAACUAUGAAUGGGAAAGACUUGAUUACUGAUGAAGAAAGCUGCUAUGAGUUGCCAAGCGGAGAAAUUAUGCUCUUAAAGUAUGAUUAGAUAGAUAUAGACAAUUAAUUUUAAUAAUAAUAAAAAUUAUUCAGCAGCAAAAUCUCACUGAUGAGCUAUUCAUUAAAAUAUGGUUUAUUAAAAUUAAUAAACAAACAAGAGUAAAUGCAGCAGAAAUUUUAUUUAGGCCAAGCAUUAUAAAUAAAGAAAUCGGAGGAAUUCCUGAGAUAACGGCUGAAUCUAUCUUCAAAUGCGACAUUGACUUGAGAGCUGACAUGUAUAGCAACAUUUCUUUAAGUGGAGGGACUUCUAUGAUGAGAGGAUUCCAUGAAAGAAUGGAAAAAGAAAUCAGAACGAUUAUGAGUGGCACUGUUAUGGGCAAUGAAAUAAAAGUAGUCUCAGACUCUUUUAGACAGCAUGCAGCUUGGAUUGGAGGAUCUAUGCUGGCUAGUUUGUCUACGUUUGGACAGUUUAUGGUGAUGAGCAAAGCAGAAUGGGAAGCAGAAGGCACAAUAAGGCAAUCCUUAGUUCAUAAAUUUACUUUUUAA